CGUCGACCGAAGAGGACGUUUUUACGCGGCACGCGCAUUUAUGAUUUGGUGUAUUUAUAAUUUCCGCUUGGGAAUAUUGAAUUUAUAUGAAAAAAAUGUGCCGAUAUUAUAAACACAAGUAUUUAUAUAUUUUCCAAAAGUGUUAAUUUUCAAUUAAAUCGUAAAGCAUCAAUUACCGACUAAUGAACGGUUAAUUUUUUGUUGUUUUUGUUGAACGCACAACGGUUUUUUGUUCUUACGCUCUCACACACACGCACAAAUACAAUCGCACACAGUUUAAAAGGAAUUAAGAAAGGUGGAAAAGGGAAGUCGAUCAAAACAAAGGUUUAUAUUGCAAAUUGAACGUCAAACGUCUGUCUGCAGUAUGUUUGAAUUAGAGGAUUAUUCAAGCAAUAUACAUGAAGGUUUCUUCAGUAAAUAUGCGGAUGCGGCUGGGCCUUCAUUGGACUUUUAUGUGUCGGAUUCCAUGCAGGAUAUGCUGGAUGUGGACAUCAGGGCAGAGAUUGCCAACGUCGUGGGCAGCUCCAGUGAGAUGAGUUCGCUCGAUUACGCCCUAGAGUCCAUUUCGGCCAUCAACAACAGCAAUACUAAUACAGCCAACAGCUUGUCCUCGUCAUCGUUAACCCACAAUGCAAAUGCAACUCUGUUAGCCAGCAAUGCGUUGCAUGCGUCGCCCACAGCCAAGUGGAUGGGAUCAUGCGCAAAUUUUUGGUCAACCACUGAUUACUAUGCUGAUGUGGGUGCCUGUGUGAAUCCCAUUUCUGUGAUGCCUUUAAUUAACUCGAGCACUAGCUCGAGUUCGAUGUUGGCCUCCGGAUCACCGCAAAAAAACCGAGCUGCUGGGCUGUCCUCGACACAGGGCAGAGGCGGCUCUGCAUCAGUAAUUGUUCCACCCGCUUCACCAUGCGAUCAGCAUAAAUCGCAUUUGACCUUCUCACCAGCACAGAUGAAGGUCAGCGCUGGAUCCUUGCGCAGAGAGCAAGUUAUGGCCCACAUACCGAAACAGAUCCCCUCUGCCUUGCCCAUUGCAUCGUCGCCUGUAAUUGCUCCGACAACCACGGCAACCAUGACUGGCCUGCUGCAACGACGUAACUCUCCGGCUGUGGAUGCGGUGCGCAAGGAUCUGGGCACGGAAUUGCGUAAGGUUCAGGGAUUACAGUCGAGCGUGGACGAGACAAAGAGCACUGCCAAAAGUAGUAAUAGUCUGCUCACCUCCAGUGGUGUCUCGAACACUAUAAAACUGGGACCCGGCAUUGGUGGAUUAACCUUUGCCAACAGCGCCACUUACAACAAACUGAAGCAGCAGACUUCCAGUAAGUCACCUAGUGGGGCGCCACUCACAUCAAAUGGGAACAUUUUGCUUAAGCGCGAUCGAGAGGCGAGUCCAUUGCAAAACAUGACAACGUUGCACGCCGGGGCCGUGGCCAAGCGAGGCAGUGCACCUAAGAGCAUCGCGUCAGCAGUACACUCGCCUCAUCAACAAAUGCAUUUGCAGGGCAGUAUUGGGUCUCCAUCGCCGACCUCUGGCUCUACUGUGGGUCGACCUACCACAUCGUCGUCACCGUUGUCCCUAACGCCUUUGGGUAAUAGCAACAGCAACAUCAUCAACAAUUGCAAUAUCCAUUCCAAUGCCAAUGCUAAUGUCAGCGUUAAGGCAAUACAACAGAAAACGAAGCAGUCAACGUUGAGCAGCGUAUUUCCAAAACCCGCCUAUUCAUAUUCAUGCCUCAUUGCGCUGGCGCUGAAGAAUUCACGUGCUGGCUCUCUGCCCGUCUCGGAGAUUUACAGUUUUCUGUGCCAGCAUUUUCCAUAUUUUGAGAACGCGCCGAGUGGUUGGAAGAACAGCGUUCGCCAUAAUUUGUCGCUCAACAAGUGCUUUGAGAAAAUUGAGCGUCCAGCAACAAAUGGUAAUCAGCGCAAAGGCUGUCGUUGGGCUAUGAAUCCCGAACGGAUCUGUAAGAUGGACGAGGAAGUACAAAAAUGGUCACGUAAGGAUCCCGCUGCAAUUCGCGGUGCAAUGGUUUAUCCGGAGCAUCUUGACGCCUUAGAACGUGGGGAAAUGAAGCAUGGCUCAGCCGAUUCGGAUGUAGAGUUAGAUUCACAAUCUGAGAUCGAGGAAUCAUCCGACCUGGAGGAACAUGAUUUUGAUGAUACUCUAAUCGAUGCUAUGCUUGUCGAAGAGGAAGAGAAUGAUGAUGUUGACUGGGCAAAUAGCGAGGAAGAGGAUCACGCCCAGGACGAGCACGUGGUACAUGAGUAUGAGCAAAUAAAUCAAUUAAGCAAUCAUCUGCCAAACAAUCAGCUAAUACCCCAAUACGCCCAGAAGGGGACUGAUUUUGAGAUCGGGGUCGACGAUUUGUACGAUGCAAUUGAUAUUGAGGACGAUAAGCAGAUAGUACGUGGAGGCGCUCUUGCCAUCGAUCAAUCGUCAAGUAUAAUUGAGCUCAAUCCGGCAGAUCUGAAUGCCAACGAUGGUUACCAGUCACCGAAGCGUGCCCGUCUUGACAUUAACUAUGCCAUCGGGCCAGCUGGCGAGUUGGAGCAGCAGUAUGGUCAAAAGGUAAAGGUGCAGCAAGUGUUGCAACAACAGCUUCCUACGUACAAUCGUAGAAAAAUGCCACUGGUAAAUCGAAUUAUAUAAAGGAACAAAUUAGAAGCGUACACUUUAUUUAAAGCAUAAGUAUAUUCUGUACGCACUAGUGUUAGAUAUACUUUUUAGGGAACUCCCGUCAGUUACGCUUAAUUAAUGUUAAGUUGAUUUCUGUGUGAACAUGAAAUAUCUAUCAAUUCUGUUGAUUCCAAAUAAGUUUGUUAUUCAAUUUAAUUGUUUAGAACAUAGUUUUCGCACCGUAGCUUAAUGCAGUAAAGUCAAAUAAAUGUUUACGUAAUCAAACAUUAAACUUGUAAGAGCUCCCUUUCCACUAUUGACGCAACAUUUUAAAGUUCAGUUCAUAAUUUUGACAUAUUGGGACCACCCUCAAUCCAUACGAUGUAAUUGUCUAAAUUCCCAUUGUGUAUAUUGUUUUCCAUUUUCUUGACAAUGAUGAUAAUAUUUUCGAAUUUGAUCUCGAAUGAAAAGAAAUUGUUAUUAAUUUAUGUUAGAUAUAAUCACUUCUGACGAUUAUCUUUAAUAAUAUCAAUGCAAGUGUGUAAAAAAGACAAAAAAAAAAACAUCCUAUGACAAUUGCUCAGAUCAAGUGGAACA